AAAGGCGGCUGAUGGAAGAAGGGUUUCAAGAGAAAGCUGAGAAGAUGGAGAAAGAGACUGACGACCUGCUAAAAGAAAUUUCUCAGAUUGAACAAGUCAAAAGAGAAGAAGCCGAAAAGGAGAGGGAGUUAUUGGAACAGCAACUGAAGGAAAUGGUGCAGAAUAUGGAAACUCAGGAGAGAACUUAUGAAGAAAAUAUGAAGGAAUUGAAAAUCGAGAUGGAGGAAGAGAGGAAACAGAUCCUGGAAGAACAGAAAAUGAUGCUGGAACAUAAGCUAAAGGAACAAAUGCGGCUGAUGGAAAAAGGGUUUCAAGAGAAAACUGAAAAGAUUGUGAAAGAGUUGGAUGACCUGCGAAAAGAAAUUUCUCAGAGUAAAAAGGCCCAUUUUCUGUCCUCACUUUUAAAUAGUGUUAGCACUGGAUUGUUGCUCCUAUUACCUGGUACAGGAAAAUUUCUUCUACAUUUGUUGAAAUAAUCAAAUGGGUUUCACUUCCUCAAAAGAAAGUUUUAGAAUCUAAUUGUUCUACUUAAAAAAAAAAAAAGCACUGAUAUGGCAUUAGUGGGCAGCUAGGAGGCUCAGUGGAUUAAGCGCUA